UAACGUUACUUCGGUAACGCCUCCUUGUCGGUUCCAAAGUGCAACUAACGAGAAGUUCGCUAACGAAAGUGCAGGUCAAAGAAUAUUUUACCGGACAACUUGCACCUCGCAGUUUGAUUCCCCUGCCUGUUCCAUAUCUGCGGUUCGGUAACAGAAAAUUAACAUUAAUGUGACCAAAACGUUUGAUUUUUCUGCAAAAAAGCAAAAUGAGUCGAAGAGGAGAAACAACCGAGGAAACCUCCAGAGCUUCACUUUCCUCCCAGACUAACGCUGAAGACCAACCAAAGAGGAUGAAAAUCAUUUACAUCGUCUACCUCAUCGCUGCUUUGGAUAUCACGUGGAUGUUUUUACAGUUUUCUGUAACUCCUUAUUUGGCAAGGAAACUUGGCUUCAACACCCUGUGGUUUGGUUAUUUGCAAACUAUGGUAGGAGUAAUCCAGCUGGUUGGGGGGCCAAUGUUUGGAAGGUUUGGAGAUAUCUUCGGAGCACGAGCAGCCUUGUCUCUGGCAUGUUCUGCAACCGUUGUUUUCUUUCUGCUGCUGGCCAUAGCGGACCAUCCUGCCAUGCUGUUUGUCCACAAACUCCCCACAGUCUUCAUGCAUGUCCUCCCUGCAUCUCAGAUGGUCGUUGCAGACCUUUCAGAACCUGAAAAACGGGCAGAUGCUUUAUCCAAACUAGGCCUGUGUUUUGGCAUCGGUAUGAUAGCUGGCUCCACGUUGGGCGGCCAUCUUAACACACGUUAUGGGGAGACAUUUACUGCUUGUUUUGGUGCUGUGGGGAGUGCCUUCAGUUUACUGUUGGUUUUAAAGUUCAUCCCGAAAACUACCAAAGCUCAAGCUCCAACAACCAACACAGACAAUGCGAACAGAAGCAGGUCAAUAUUCAACGUGGGAGAAAUCACAAGACUGAUGAAGUUUCAGGGUGUGGCACCGACUUUUCUUGUGAAGAUAGUUGCGGGUUUGCCAUCAGGCAUAUUUCAAGUUAUGUUCUCCAUCAUUGCAUUGGACUUCUUCAAGCUGGAACCUGAGCAAAAUGGCUAUCUGAUGGCUUAUUUUGGCAUUGUCCAAAUGGUUAUUCAAGGAGGAGUGAUCGGUCGGCUUACAGCGACAUACUCUGAGAACUCGCUGCUGCUUCUGUCCAUCGGAGUUUCUUCUUUGGUGGGACUGGCUCAGGCUUACAUGCAGAAUGUGUUCCAGUUCUGCCUCAUCGUGCUGCCGAUGAUGUUUUCUCUCAGUGUGUUUAAUGUCAUCACAGACAGCAUGCUCACCAAAAGCGUACCGUCCUCUGACACAGGCACAAUGAUGGGACUGUGUUCAUCUGUCCAAUCUCUGCUUCGCACAGUCGGACCGACUGCUGGCGGCUUCCUGUAUAUGAACUACGGCAUUUCCUCUAUAGGUUUAAUCCAGUUUGUUGUAAAUAUUGCUGUGUUCGUGCACCUGCUGCAGCGUCGCCUUAAAAAGACAGCUGAGCAAAAGCAAUGAAAAUGUUAGCCUUGGAAAAGUUUCUCUUCAUCUCCUGUUUUUUGAAAAACUAAUAGAGGGGAUGUAAAUCA